AUGCGUGAGGUUAUCAGUAUCAACGUCGGCCAGGCUGGUUGCCAGAUUGCCAAUUCCUGCUGGGAGCUCUACUGCCUUGAGCACGGUAUCCAGCCCGAUGGUUAUCUCACCGAAGAGCGCAAGGCUCAGGAUCCUGACCAGGGGUUCAGCACCUUCUUCUCCGAGACUGGCCAGGGCAAGUACGUUCCCCGUACCAUCUACUGCGAUCUCGAGCCCAAUGUCGUCGAUGAAGUCCGCACCGGUACCUACCGCAACCUUUUCCACCCCGAGAUGAUGAUCACCGGCAAGGAGGAUGCCUCCAACAACUACGCUCGUGGUCACUACACCGUCGGCAAGGAGCUCAUUGAUGGCGUUCUCGACAAGAUCCGCCGCGUCGCCGAUAACUGCGUUGGUCUUCAGGGUUUCCUCGUCUUCCACUCCUUCGGUGGUGGUACCGGUUCCGGUUUCGGUGCUCUCCUAAUGGAGCGUCUUUCCGUCGACUACGGCAAGAAGAGCAAGCUCGAGUUCUGUGUCUACCCUGCCCCCCAGACCGCCACCUCGGUUGUCGAGCCUUACAACUCUAUCCUCACCACCCACACCACCCUCGAGCACUCUGACUGCUCUUUCAUGGUCGACAAUGAGGCCAUCUACGACAUCUGCCGCCGCAACCUCGGUCUUGAGCGUCCCGACUACAUCAACCUGAACCGUCUCAUUGCUCAGGUCGUCUCUUCCAUCACCGCCUCGCUCCGUUUCGAUGGCUCCCUCAACGUCGAUCUCAACGAGUUCCAGACCAACCUGGUUCCCUAUCCCAGAAUUCACUUCCCUCUCGUUGCCUACGCCCCCGUCAUCUCGGCCAAGAAGGCUGCCCACGAGGCCAACUCGGUCCAGGAGAUGACCAUGUCUUGCUUCGAGCCCAACAACCAGAUGGUCAAGUGUGACCCCCGCAAUGGCAAGUACAUGGCUACCUGCUUGCUCUACCGCGGUGACGUCGUUCCCAACGACGCCCACGCCGCCGUGACUACCCUAAAGACCAAGCGCACCGUCCAGUUCGUCGACUGGUGCCCCACUGGUUUCAAGAUUGGUAUCUGCUACCAGGCUCCCGAGAAUGUCCCCAACGGCGAUCUUGCCAAGGUCAACCGUGCUGUCUGCAUGCUUUCCAACACCACCUCCAUCGCAGAAGCCUGGUCUUCGCUCUCCGUCAAGUUCGAUCUUAUGCACUCCAAGCGUGCGUUCGUCCACUGGUACGUUGGUGAGGGUAUGGAGGAAGGCGAGUUCUCCGAGGCCCGUGAGGAUCUUGCUGCUCUUGAGCGCGAUUACGAGGAGGUUGCUGCCGACUCGACUGGCGAGGAUGAGGGCGAGAUUGAGUACUAG